AUGGUGCGCAAGCUGCGCGAGCGGAUCAUCGACGGCGACUUCAUCCAGGUGGUGCCCUCGCAGCGCAUCGCGCGCAAGAUCGGCGUGCACCCGUUCAACGUCUACCAGCAGCUGCGCAAACUCAACCCGUCGCGCUACACCUUCUACGUCGACUGCGACGACUUCCAACUCGUUGGUUCGUCGCCCGAGAUGCUGGUGCAGGUCUACAAUCGCGAGGUCACUACCCACCCCAUCGCCGGCACUCGGCGCCGAGGAAAGACGCCCGAGGAGGACGACGCCCUGAUGACCGAAUUGCUCGGUGAUAUCAAGGAGCGCGCCGAGCACAUCAUGUUGGUGGACCUGGGACGGAACGACAUCAAUCGCGUGUGCGUGCCCACGUCGACCAAUCUGGACGCGCUGAUGAUCGUCGAGAAGUACUCGCACGUGAUGCACAUCGUGUCGCACGUGUCGGGCAAGCUGCGCGACGAGUGUUCGCCCUUCGACGCCUUCCGCUCGAUCUUCCCCGCCGGCACCGUCUCCGGCGCGCCCAAGGUCAAGGCCAUGGAGUGGAUCGCCACCCUCGAGAAGGAACGGCGAAACGUGUACGCGGGCGCUGUGGGCUACUUCGCCUUCACGGGCGACAUCAACACCUGUAUCGCCAUUCGGACGAUGACCAUCAAGGACAACACCGCCUAUCUCCAAGGUUGCCCCGCCGCGCGCACCGCCUCGCGCACACUUCUUUCUUUCGGGAGGCCUAGC